AUGGACAACGAAGAGAAGAAGCUUCACGUAGCGAUGUUCCCAUGGCUCGCUUACGGCCACCUCAUGCCCUUCCUCGAGGUCGCCACUUUCUUAGCUCAAAAGGGUCAUCGCGUCUCCUUCAUCUCCACCCCGAAAAACCUCCAAAAGUUCCCCGCGGACCUCCCUCCCUCCAUGACCCUCGUCGAGCUUCCCUUGCCCCGCGUCCAUGGCCUCCCUGACUCAGCCGAGUCGACCUCCGAGUUGCCACAUAACAUGGUCCCUUACCUUAAGAAGGCAUACGACAUGCUCGAGCCAGCUGUUGCUGAGUUUCUUGCCAACUCGGACGUUGACUGGGUGAUCCAAGACUUCGUGUCUUUCUGGUUACCCCAAAAGGCGAGACGAGUCGGUGUUAAAUCGGCGUUCUUCUGCAUAUUCAACGCCACCGCCCUUGUCUUCGCCGGUCCACCGUCUCUUCUCAUUGACAGUCAGGCCCGGGUCAAGACGGCGGAGGACUUGACGGUCGUUCCCGAGUGGGUUACUUACCCCACCAAAGUCGCGUACAGGCUUCACGAGGUGAUUAACGAAGAGGAUAUCGUGGACAGUGACUCUAACACGUCCGGUUUGGAAAGGUUAGGCAGGUCAAUAUUGGGUUGUGAUAUCGUGGCCGUGAGGGCCUGUAGCGAGUUCGAGGCUGAGCCGUUGAGUCUACUCAAGAAGCUACACGCGAGCCCCGUGGUUCCGAUGGGGCUUUUGCCGCCCCAGAACAAAAGACGCCACGAAGGAGACGGGAGAUGGAGCGAGCUAAAACAAUGGUUGGAUGAUAGGAAAGAGAAGUCCGUGUUCUACGUCGCCCUCGGCACCGAGGUGGCUCUGAGUCAAGAGUCCAUGCACGAGUUGGCGUGUGGGAUUGAAAAGUCAGAUUUGCCCUUCGUCUGGGUGGUAGGCCCAAAGGCCAGCCCCGGGACUAUCCCUUCCGGAUUCGAAAGUCGGGUGUUGGGUCGAGGCUUCGUCUGGGUGGGCUGGGCUCCUCAGCUCGACAUCCUGGCCCACCCGUCAGUCGGUGGGUUCUUGACGCACUGCGGGUGGAGCUCGAUCAUAGAGGCCCUCGGGCAUGGCCGGGCAUUGAUCCUGUUUUCCGGGGGCUUCUCGGACCAAGGGCUGAUGGCAAGGUUGAUGGACGAGAGGCGGGUCGGGUGGGAGGUGCUGAGAGACAGCCGAGACGGGUCAUUCACAAGCGACUCGGUAGCGGAGACGAUAAGGCGGGUCAUGGUGGAGCCGAGGGAAAGGAGGUGA